AUGAGUCAUCGUCUUCCUGACGGGACGAAUCGUCCGCUGAAUGACUGGGUGUCCGCGAAUCGUGCCAAAAGGUCGCCGGCCAUGACGAUCACGACGGCGACGGCACUCAUUGUUCAUCACUUCUUCAACGUCAUCAUCAUUAUCAUCAUCGUCAUCACAUCAUUCUCACCGCCCGUUCUGAUGCUGUUUCGUCACUCUGCUACUCUCAUUACGUCAUUCGCUGCAUCGUUCUCCUCUUAUUGGCAAUAA